AAAAAAAAAAUCAAAUGGAUUCAAGUAGAAUUUUUUGGAACGUAUCAAUAAGCUAGACCCAUGCCAUGUCAUGUCAUGUAUGAUUCAUAUCUAUGAAAUGUUUUUAGUGGAUAGUUUGUUGUUCUUAUUCAAUUUUAGUAAAGAUUGAGGUGAUUUGGUCCGAAUUUUAAAAUUUGAUUGUGUUGAUGUUGGGAAUGUAUGAUAAUGAAUUUUGUGGCUUCAAAAUUUAUUUUUAUUGAGGUUGGUUUUAGUUUUAAUUAUGCACUAAAUUAGAAAUUUGGACAUCAUUGCUUUGGGGAAUAGCUAAAGAUUGGAUUAUUUUAGUUCAGGAAGGAAAAAACAUAUUAGGUUGUCAAGCAUCGGCAAUUAUUCACGGUUUUUUGUUUAUUACGUAGUAUCUUUAGGCACGUGCAAUUUCUUGUGCUUUUAUAUAACCUUUCUCUUUUUCUUUUCUUUUUUUAACUACAUGCGGAUUAGUAAUUGAGAGCUUAUACUUUCACUUUGCGUAGGGAAAUGGGUCAAUUACUUGGAAACUAGUUGAGCAUUCGAGCUCAGUUUGGCUUUGAUUUUUGCUAAUUUUGUUUUUGCAUUUUUGCUGUAGAAAUGGCUCUGCAAGAUACUCUAAGAUUACAACCUUUGUUCUCUUCUGUAAUAGAGAAAAGAAUAGGAGAUUUUCCUUUUUCCGCUGGUACUUGUCCUCGUUGGAGAAAAAGAAAGAACAACACUAUCAUUUCUUCCUCUAGUAUGAAGUGUCGUGGUCUGUCGUCACCAAACUUUUUCAAGCCGGCGACUGGUUUCAGAAGGAGUGGAUUAAGAGCUUCUAAAUUGGAACAAAUACUCGAGUCUGCCAAUGGAAAUGAACAGGGAGGAGGAGAAUCUAGUGGGAGUGAUGUUGAGGAUGAUCCUUUGAUUAUGGAUGAGGAUGAGAGGAAAGAAUGGAGGAGAAAGAUUAGAGAAGUGAUUGAUAUGAACCCUGAUGUUGAGGAAGAGCUAGACGCAAUUGAGAGGCGGAAGAGGAUGGAAAAGCUUUUGGCUGAUUACCCUCUUGUGGUUGAGGAGGAUGACCCUGACUGGCCUGAAGAUGCUGAUGGUUGGGGUUUUAACUUGGGUCAGUUUUUCAACAAGAUUACCAUUAAGAAUGCCAAGAAGGAUGAUGAUGAGAAUUAUGAUAGUGAAAAUGAAUUGGUUUGGCAAGAUGAUGAUUAUAUUCGUCCAAUCAAAGACAUCAACACUAAAGAAUGGGAAGAGACUGUGUUCAAGGACAUCAGUCCGUUGAUUCUGCUUGUACAUAAUCGUUAUAAAAGGUUAGUUUUUGUUCCUUUUUUUCUUUUGCUUUGUAUUCCCAUUUAUGUUGAACACUUUGCUGUUAGUUUCCCACAUGACAUAAUGGCCUGAAAGAGUCAGUCAUGGUGUUAUGAAGUAUCUGUGAUAAGGCAAUUUUAGGCAAUAAAGCUCCAGUUGUGUCUAUAAAGCAUGGACACUCUCAAGAAGGUAACAUAUCUGUGUCCGACACGCUUCUUGGACACUCUGAGACACGUGUCUGAUACUCUUUUAUCUAUGUCCCUUGGCUUUACUUUUUAAGCAUUUUUGUCUAAAUCUGCUUGUUAUUUUAGUGCCCUCGUUUAUCGUAGAAUCGAGUCAUAGAGAUUCUCAUAUUUGGCUUCCUGCAACUGUUGACUUUCCCAAAUGACUUCUAGGUUUGAAUAUAUAUAUAUAUUUUUUGGGUCCUCUCAUGUACUAUUUAUACUCUCAAUUUAGUAAUAAUCUAUCUUUUCCUAUCAAAAAAAUAUGUUAUUAGGAGAAAAUGCCAAAGCCAUUGAAUAAAAAUUCAAGAGGCAAGCAUAACAGUACCCAUUUAAAUCUGGUUGAAACACAACCACCACCACAAUCAAUAGUCGUAGAAAAAUAGAGGUCAAUUGCACGUUAAUUACAAGUAAUUUCAGAAACCAAAAAUGCCGUAAAUAUGCAAGUCAAGACCAGUUGCACAAGGCAUUAGCACAAUAAAAAACAAUGAAAAUGCGAUUACAUGCCAAUUGCUGCUCAUAUGAUCAAAAAGUCACUAUUGCAACAAGAAAGUCAUAAGGUGGGCACCAUAAAAUAUAUUAAAAAAUUCAAGGUGGUUAGGUAUCCCCUUGGCCCAUUGGUGGCUCCACCCUUUAUAACCGAGGGAAAAAUGUUGGAUGGUCAUGAAACUUGUUCUUAGCAUGAGUGUAUCAGUCUAUAAAUUGUUUUUGAUGAUUGACAAACAGAAAAGAAAGAAAAAUAGAUUUGUGAGAUUCUUACCUAUCAACCCUAGAUUGUUUGUGUUUUUUUUUUUUUGGAAAUAAUGUAGACGAAAGAAAGGACUUGUGAAAGGCUUCAAGUUACACUUCCGGAGGAAAAGAUGAAGCACAUUUGUGAUAGACGAUCAGGUGCAAAGCCCAAUAUAUCAGAGGAUAUCACCAUAAAUCUACAAUUUUGUCAACUGUUAAAUUAAUGAAUCUCUCUCUCUCUCACACAUGCAGAGGUAGCUUCUGAUCCAUAGAAUAUCAGACCACUAGCUUUUGUUUGGUUGUUGGUUGUUGGCUGUUGUCUUCUUUUAAGGUUCCCUGGUCAUGGAGAUGUGUCCCACCUGCAUUUGUAUCUUGGAGAUAUGAUCAUCUUAUCUUACAUGUUGAAUCUGUGAUUGAUCUUCUCAUUUGGCACGUAGAGGUUGGUACGUGUGGUAGCUAUGAAGUAGGACUGACCAUGAAACUUUAAAAAAGGGUGAGGAUGGUUAUUGUCUUUGUAAUCUUCACUUUGCAGAUUUACCAUGGGUGGUUUUGUGAGAGUAACUGGGCUAGUUUAAGUUUAUUUUUUGUUUACUCUGAAUAUAUAUAUACAUACGUAUACGCAUGUUUAUAUACAUAUUUACAAGUAUAUGUAUGUAUGUAUAUAUGUAUGUAUGUAUG